AUGAUAUUUGUUAUCUCAUUUCUAGUUCAUUUACUUAAAGUGAGAGCUUUUAAGAUGAAAGAAAUGGAUUCCUUUCAUUAGUUUUCAUCAGAGAAAAUUGAUCUAACUUAAAUUGGAGAAUCGAAUGAAAUCUCAUAUGGGUAUGGAAUAUGGUCUAAAUAUAAUCCUCUGAGUAAUAUUUCUUAAGUUGGAUCUAUUGGUUUAUUAGAUAGUGAUUGUUUUCACCUUCACAAUGUAGUGGAUUAAGAAACUGAGAGCUUGAACUUAAUUUAUUACGAUUGCUUGGAUUAUCAAUCUUAGAAAAUAUAUAAGACUUUAUAAUUUAUAGACAAUGAAGGAUAAAACCAUUAUUUUGAAUUAAAUAUAGAUAAUUUUGAGUAUGAAAAUUUUUGGUUUUACUUUUAAAUAUAAUAAUGGCCGAGAAUAAAUAGAUUUGAGUUAAUGAUGAUAUAAUUAGAUAAAACCACCUUGAAACAAAGUUUAAAUAUAAAAUAUCCAUUUAAUAAUAUUAAGAUCAUUUUGAAUUUUGGUGGGGGAUUGAAAGUACAAUAAUCGUUGAUUUCAUCAAUAAAAUAAGGAAACUUAUAUUCAUACUUUCCAGGUAAAAUGAUAUUGAAAUAAUUUGGAACUUCAUAAUUGUCACCCGAUUUAGAUUUUGAAUUAAUUGCACUUGAAGCGUUUGAGCCUUACAGAUAUUGUAUAUGUUAAAAUUCUGAGAUUUUUGAAAUACCUAAUGUUGAUUUGAAAUAAUUGGAUAAACUAAUCUUUGUUUCAGAUAAUCUUAAUUGUGAUAGCUUUACUUUUUCUGGAUGGUUCAAGAUUACUGAGGUAGUAUCAUCAUCAGAUGAAUUAAUUUAUCAAUUAAUCAAGUUAACUUCUAAUUAUGAAGGCUACUUAUCCAAUCCUCAUUUAUCCCCUUUUUAAUUAUAUUUUAAACUUUCUCCUCUUGAAAACCAAAUAAUCAUAACUUCUUACAGCUAUAUUUUUCCAUAAUUAAAUGAAAAUUUAGAAGAGCACCUGAUUAUAAUCACAUAAAAGUUUGAUAUUCAGAAUUUAGUAAGUAUUUGGCAUUAUGUAAAUGUAUAACUUAUAAGGACAAACUUUGAAGUGUAGAUAAAGUCUUACUAGAGUGAUCAAGUAAUUUAAUUCUCAGCUUAAAUUGAUGUGAAGCAAUUUAACAGUGUAAAAUUCAAAUUAUAAAAUGGAAAUAUUCAGUAAAAUCAACAUGAUUAUUUAAAUGUUUAAUCCAGAAAUUUGGUCUUUUAUAAUUGUGAGUAAAAAGUUGAUUAAAAUUAAUGCCAUUACACUUGUUUAACUUGUGAUGGACCAACAUAAUUUGAUUGCAUUUCUUGCUCAAUAGAAUCGUAAAGAAUCUAUCUAAAAGAUUUUAAAGUUUGCAUUUGUCCACAUAACACUAUUGAUGAAAAAAUCUGCAAAACUUAUCAAAAUAUUGAAUUAGUUUUAAUUAAUAACGAAAAUGAAAUUAAAAAAAAUUGUUAAUAUGGAUAUUUUGAAUUUUAAGGUGAUUGUUUGAAAUGGUAAAUUGAUUUAAUAUUAUUAUAGUCCUUCAAUUUUAAGAAAUAAUCUAAUCUCAUGUUUAGAAUGUUUAUAAAACCCCUAAAAUUGGAGCAAAAAUUCACAUUGCCUUGUUGAAAUAUACCUAAAUGAUGAAGGAGACACAUAAUAAAUUAUCCAAGAUUUUGAAUAGCAAUAUAGGUAUGACGGAGAGAAUUUGAUUUAAUGUUAGUUUUGCAGCUAAUAAUACUCUUUUGUUUUGAAUGAACAUUAUUUGGAAGUAAUUGAAGAUGCUGCAACUACAAAAUAUCUGUGCAGAGAUUAUUCAUUUAAAUGCUUAUAUUGUUAUUUUUCAUUAGGAGGAAUGAUUUGUUAGGAAUGUGAAUACGGUUAUACUUUGAUUGAUUAGAAAUGUACAAAAAGUACUUUAGAAGAUACUUUUUGCAUUUUAGGAAAUUACAUGACAUCAAGAAGAUAAUGUCAAAAAUGUGAAAUAGAAAAAUGUAAAUAAUGUUUUGAAUAUCAGAAUGAUUUGACUAAAUGCACUUUGUACAAAAAUUUUGAGCCUUUCAAUUCUGAUGAAGAAAUAAAGGUAGGUUGUGCUCUUUGCGAAGACAAUUUUACCUUUGAUUUCAAUUUAGGAUUAUGUUUAUAGAAGUAACCCUCAAAUAAAUUGUGUCUGAGAUCCUUUUUUGAUUUUACUGGAAAUGAAAUUUGCACUUUGGCUGGUAGUGAUGACUUUAAUAUUGCUCCUCAAAUUAGCAAUUGUGAAUAAUACUUACCUCAUUGUUUAUAAUGCUUAAGAUUUCCUUAAUUUAUUAUCAAAUGCAUUAUUUGUUAAAUUGGUUACACUGCCUCUGUCAUUAAUGGAGGUUGUUAUUUAAGUAAAGAAAAUGAUACUUUUGCCAAAAUUAUGAUUGAAGGGGAUUUUCGAUUAAAAGAUGGAUGGAUUCAAACACUGCAAGCUUUUAUGAUGAAAUUUUUACCAAAUUCUUAUUAUUAUCCUCAUUCUGAUGAAUCUGAAUUUACUGUAGAAUUCCAAAUUGACUGCAUUGAUGGAUUUUCAUUAAGUCAAUUAAACUGGUGCCUAAAAUCUUGCUCUUCUGAAUGCCUCAAAUGUGAAGAACUUCCUCCUGAUGAAUUUUUUUGUAAAAAGUGUCCUCUAAAUUAAUACUUUUAGCCAACAAGAAACCAGGAUCAAGGAAAGUGUUUUGAAUGUACACAAUUAUGUGAAGUAUGCCAAACACGUUCAGCUGACGAAAUUUAUGUAAUUAGUAAUAUAAUCUUAUCUAGAGUUUACAACCUACUUUUAUUAUUAAAGAUGAUAACUUAGUUUUUACAAAAAAAUGUUUAAAGACUAUUAAAGAUCAUAAAAUUUAUCUUGAUCCAUAUGAUUAAAUAGCUAAGCAUUGUCUAAAUGAUAAUAAUUGUAUGCCUAAGUUGUUAUAUAUAUCUAACUAUGAUUAUUGUGAAGAGAUGAUUUAAUGGGAAAAAAAUAUUAACCUUAACUAUUGCAAUCAAAUGGGAAUAGAUACAAUAAUUAUUAGAUUCAAUUUUCGCGUCAAUUUUGUAGCAUCUUGUUUUAUUGAGGAAUUUUUAGUUUUUAACGAAUUAAAAUCAAAAAUAUUUUCUUUAAGAAAUCUUUAUUUUUAAUUCUAUUCUGAAUAAAUGAUGUUUUUUAGAACUAAUAAUCCAAUUAGAUUAAAUAAUUUUGAUAGAUUUGAAAUUAAUAAUAUUACUUUAUAAGAAAGUUACAUUUCUAACUUUAUUAUGAAAAACAAUAAAAAUGCUGUUGAUUUAAAUUUAUUCAAUUUUUCAAUUAUUGAAUGCUAAUUUAACAAUAAUUAAUCGAUAUUUUCUACUGAUUUAUUUGGAAAUAUUUAACUUUAACAAGUUGCCAUAAUUAAUUCUACUAUUCAAAAUUCAUCAUUUCUAAAUUUGGAAGAUUUCCAAAUUAAUGGUAAUAUUUCAAUCGAAUAACUAUUAAUACGCAAUUGCACCAUAAGAUAAUCAAAUUUAUUUAAAAUCCUCCUAAAACAAGGGAAUAUAUUUAUUGCGAAUCUCUAUUUGGAAGAUUCAAAUUUAUUCGAUUCUACCAUUUUUUCUUUUAGAUCAAACAUUACAAGUAAUAUAAGUGUUAAAUUUAUAAAUUUUCAGAUUAACAGAAAUAAAUUUUAUUAAUCAAAGUUUUUGAAUAGCUAAUCCUCCUUAAAUUACAAUUUAAUUGGCUUCCAAUUUUAUGAGAACUUUUUUUUAAAUUCUAGUGCUUUCGAUUUGAAUUACAAUUUCGGUUUUUUUAAUUUUGUAAUAUUAAAAAAUGAGUUUAUAAACUCAUCAUUAAUUUCUACUUCAGAAGCCUUAGUUGUAUAUCAAAUAUCACAGCAACUUAGCCUCUUUUAAGCUAAAUUAAAUACAUUUACCAAUUCGAAUUUAUGGAGAAUUUAAUCGAGUUUGGAAACUAGUAAUUUGAUAUUAAGUUUAGAUCAUAUUUUUUUUGAAGAUUUGAAUAGUUCAGAUUAAUCAUAUUUGUUCAAAUUAAAAUGUUUUCAUCUUUUAAUCAAAGAUGUUUAAAUUUAAAAUUUAAUCAAUCUAUUUAUCAUUUACAUCUAUUAAAGUAAUUUAAUUAAAAUUCAGAAUAUUACAUAUGAAAAUUUCUAAAAUUCAAUAAAAAUUCCAUUAAUUUAAAAUUGCUAGCUAAUAACAUAGCAAUAAACUAAACUUUUAAAAAUUACAGGUUUUUUUUCAAUUUAAAUCAUUGGAGUCAGAAUUUAGAAUAUAUAUAACCUUGAUGAAUCAAUGAUAGAUAUAAAUUUCAAUAAUGAAGAAUUAAUUACUGGAUAGAUAUUUGUAUAAAUACAAGAUGUAUCAUUUAUAAGGAAUCUUGUGGUAUUAUUAAAUAAUAUAGAAUACACAUCACUCUUAAAAAUAAACUCUGAUGAAAAAAUAAUUAUUACGAUAACAAAUAUUCAAUAUUUAGAAAGCAUAUUCCAUUCUUUCAUUGGUAAUUCUUUUAAUUCUUAUGCUAGUUUGAUAUUUAUGAAUUGUAGAACUUGUAUAGUUGAAAUUUAUAAUUAUGUCUCCAGAUCUAAUGUAUUUACUAAUUCAUCCAACUCAUUUGUAUAUAUAAAUUCGAAGAUCAUAUAUUUCGACAAUUUUUAUGUAGAAAAUCAUAAUUAUUUAACAUAAAACUUAUGGGAAAGAUAUUUUGACUUGCAAUUAGAUGAAAAUUAUAAUUAGGAUGAAAUAAAUUAAAUAAUUUAAUAAACUUUAUUUAUAAAAACUAUUGGAGGGGCAGCUUAAUUAAAGACCUCUAAUUUUACAUGUUUUAAUUGCAACUUUAAAUUUUUAUUAACAUAAAAAAGUUCAGUUUUUGAAAUAAUUACAGAGUAAGAUGGUAUUAUCGAACUUCUUGAAUUAUAAAUAUCCAAAGCUUUGAAUGACUUGCAGUAACUUACUAACAAUACAGGUUGUAUAAGCAUUUAUUCUUAAAAUAGUUUUUUAAAUCUAAAAAUAAAGAAUUCUUAUUUCUCACAAAUCCUAAGCAGAAUGGCUCCCUCAUUUUUAACUAUCAUUCCUUCAAAUAUUCAAAAUUCGAUAAUAAUUUAAAAUAUCACAAUGAUGAAUUGUUUAUCUUUAAUGAAUUCAAUUUUGAAAGCUUCAUUUUCUUAAAAGACAGCAUAAUAUAAUUAAAUAAUCUUCACUAAUAUAACAAUAAUCUAAGAUGAAAAGGAUUGGAUUAGUUAUUUUUCUUAAGUUGAAGCAUUAACUAUUGAUGAAAUAGAAGAAAUUAUAAAUGAAGAGAAUGCUUUGAUAUUUUUUGAAAGCUGUUCAGUAAAAAUUAAAGGGCUAAAUAUCUAAGGGUUGUAUUUAUUCCCAAUAUUAAAAAUCUCAAAUAUUCUAAACUUUAAAUUAUAAAAUUGUUUAAUACAAUAAAUUCAACUAUUUCAUUCAUUUUGUAUUUUCAAUGUUCAAUCAACAUUUUAAACAAAUAAUGUUUUCCUCAUAUAAGAAUUAAGUAUAAAAGAUGUUAGUAUUUACUAAGCUCUUUAGGAAUAGAAUAUAAUUUCAAAAAUACUUGAUGUAAGAAAAAAUUGUUAAUAAAUCACAAUAUCAAUAAAUGAAAGAUAUUAUGUAUUUUUUAAAGUACAAAAUUCUUUUUUAAAUAAGACUAAAAACUAUUCUUCAUUAAUUAGCAUUCAGAGUUAAUUAGCAAAUAAUAUCUAUAUAUUUAAUCUAAUUAAGAUACUUAGAAAUAAUUGUACUUUUUGUACUAAUGGUUUGAUUUAUGUUAAUAUCUAAAAGAUUUAAAAGCUCAAAAUUUAUGAUUUAAAUUGUUUCUCUAACACAAUACUAAAUUACGGUUGCAUAAAUGUAAUUCAAUCAUCAUCAUCAAGCAAGAUUUAAGUAAUUAAUUCUAAUUUUAUAAAUAACAGCGGUAACAAAGGUGUUGCAAUUUCUUCUCAAGGAGCUAGUAUUUUUUUAUAUUCUUGCUUAAUUAUUAAUAAUACUGCUAGUGAACAAGGUGGAGGUUUAUAUUUUGAUUUGAAAAAUAAUAGCUUUAUCAUUAAAUCAUAAUUUAUAAUAAAUAAUAAUGCAUUGAUAGGAGGAGGAAUAUAUUUGAAUUAAAACUUAAACUUGAAAAGUGAUAAUUUUGUUGAGUCUAUCUUAAUGUUGAAUUAAGCAAGAAAUUUUGGAAGUAAUCUUGUAGAAAGUCCAACAACUUUAGCCUUAAGUAUCAACUAUCACGAAAUGAUGUCUACCAAAAGUAUUUUGAAUGAACCCUAAAUUAGUGUUCUAAAAUUAAAACCCUACACAACAAUAGAGCAAGAAUAAAGAGUAAGAAGUGUGUAUCUAAAAAUACCCAGUAAUUAAAUUAUUCAAGAUUUUACUAUUUUCAUUCCUAAGCAAUCCUCAUCAUUCAAAUUAUUCAAUGAUCUCAGUUUAUAUUUUAAGAAUAGUUAUAACGAACAGCUUUUUAAUCAAGUUAAUUCAACUUGUGAUGUAAUCUAACAAAUUAUAAUGAAGAAUGAAAUAUUAAAUACUCAAAAAAUUGGUGAAUUAACAUACAAUACAAGCUUGAAUAAUUUCGAUUUAAAAUUGUUAAAGUUUCAUUUUAAUCCAAAUAUAAUAAACUAAAGUCAUUUAUAAAUAAUAAUUACUUGCCAUAUUUAAGGUCAUUCUACAUAAUUAUAGUACAUUAUCUAAGCAACCAGUUAUAAAUGUUAAUUGGGAGAAUUUUAUGUUGAUGAUGGUUGCCAACUAUGCUAAUCUAGCUAAGGCUUUUAUUCAGUUACUUACAAUAAUACAAAAUGUUCAAUAUUUGAUAAGUAAAAAUUCUUAGCAAUAACAUCUAACUAAUUAAAUUUAAAAGAGGGAUAUUGGAGACCUCAUUAUUUAUCUGACUAUACAACUUAAUGUUUUAAAAAUUUGUUAAAUUGUAAAGGUGGUUGGACAGUUGGUGACCAACUUUGCCUUAGAGGACAUUUGGGAGCUAUGUGUGAAGAGUGUGAUAUAUAUGAUGUGAGAGGAUAAGGAAAAUACUUAAAAGGCUCAGAAAAUUCUAUAUGUUGGCCAUGUUUUGGGAACUCUGAUAGUUUAGCUCCAUUUAUAUUAAACUCACUUUGGUAUUAAUAGUUUAAAUUUUAGGGCUAUCUUAUCAGUCUUUUUGACUUUAGAUGGUAUCAAUAAAUCAAAUGAUUUAUUUGUUUUAUUAAGGAUAAAAGAAAGAUAAAGUCAAAUCGUUUUCAAGUUAACAUAAGGUAUGCUGCUUUAUUUAAAUUAGAUUUUUAAAGCAUUUUUAUUAAAAUGAUGCUAAAUUACUUUUGGAUAUUUUCCUUAAUUUUUACUUUUAAUAUUAGUUUUUCUUUCUCUUUUAACUUUAUAGAUAGAGCAAGCAAUACUUCUUAAUCUAUGGCAAAUAAUUUAGAUUGUUAUUUAUCAGACUUAUCAGUCACUCAUCUACUAUAUUUGAAGAUCUUUGUAAUCCUUGUUUUAAUAUUUUGGCAAUUUUUAAUUAUUCUUAUUUUGUUUAUCAUUUAUUGCUACUUUUAUAAAGUCCAUUUUUAAAUGAGAAUUGUUUCCAACAUUUUACUCUGUCUGUACAUUAUAAAUUAUUCAGGCUUAAUUAAAUUGUAAUUUUUCAUUAUUAAUAAAUCUUAGAUUAGGCUCUAUUAUUUCUCUAAGAGAAAUAGCGAAUUAAUAUUAUAUCUAAGGAAAUGUUUCAUUAAUAUAUAACACAGAAAGUCAUUUUUGGUGGAUGGUUUAUGUUAUAGUGCCGUUAUUGGUGAUUUUAGGUGGACUUAUUCCUUUAUCCUUAUUCCUGUUGAUAGUAUUGAAGAUUGAAAAAAUGGAUUAAAGCAAACUUAGAGGUCAUAUUCGUUAUUUAUUUAAUGAAUAUGAAAAAUAAUGCUAUUAUUGGGAAGAAAUUAAAUUGUUAAAAAAAGCUAUUUUGAUAUUAAUUUUGACUUAUUUUGAGACAAACAUUUUUUUAAAGGCAUCUUUCUUAGGACUUUGUUUAUUGUGUUACGAAUUGCUAACGGUAAAAAAAAAACCUUUUAUAAUAUCCAAAUUAAAUCAUUUAGAUUUGUAAAGUGGGUAAAUUUGCUCUAUUGCUAUAUUUUUGGCCACCUUUAAAUAUGUUAGUGAGGAGUAGAAUAAUUACAUGAGUUCUAUCAUCCUCCAAUAUAUAUUGAUCUUUCUUUUUUUGAUACUCUCUUAUCCAUUUUUUGAUUUCCUUUUAAGAUUUUACCAUAAAAAAUAUAGAAUCCCUUUUUUCACUUCUCUUGCAACCCUUAUGAAAAAAUUAAGGAUGAAAACAUCUUUAAGGACAGUUUCUGAGUUGCUGAAAUAAGAAGAAGCUAAAAAAGCUAAAUUAAAAUUUUUGACAUAAAAAUUAAAAAAAUAUUUAAUCAAUGUAUCUAAAGCUUAAAUUUACAAUAGACCGUAAAUAAUUUAUUAAAAUUAUAGAUCUAUAAACAAAAAAAAUUGUAAGUUAAGCCAAUAGAAUCUGAUUACUGAACAAAUAGAAUAAUCAUUAAACAUGUUUACUUAAAAUAGAAGAGGUUUUUGA